UAAUUUACCCAAAACAGACUAAGCUGCUGCAUCAUCUCCUCUCUUCCGGGAGGUAGCUUCUGCCUUCUCCUCAUCCCCUUUCAGCGGCCGCUUCAAUUCGUCAACUGCCUCCACGAUUCUGUUUCACGGCAGGCUUGGUAGCUAAUUGGGCAUCCCCAAAAUGGAUAAGCGAAGUUAAGGGUGCUGGAGUGGAGACGGGGAAUCAGGAAAGUUGCCAGAUCAUAUUAUUUGCACCGAUUGCUGGUGCACUAAAUUGCAAGCUGCAAUUAUUCAAUUCAUUGCCACCCCACAGAAAAAUUCAUCAGAGGGCGCAAAAAUGUCAGUGGAGUCAUCGUCUUUUACUUAUCGAUUUACUGGUAAAAGGCCUAUAAGUGAACCUGAAAGAAAUACUAAAUGGGUACUUAAGAGCCAAGUGAAACCACAUAUAUAUCCUAACAAAAGCAGACAUCCAUCAACUUUAUGUUUGGCCACUGGAAAUGGUGGGUUUAGUCAGACUUACAGGAUUGGAGACAGAGAUGGUGUGGUCAUUGUGGACCAUGGUUCGCGUCGGAAGGAAUCCAAUCUCAUGCUAGAUGAGUUUGUGGCGAUGUUUAGAGAUAAAACUGGCUACCCGAUUGUAGAGCCUGCUCAUAUGGAGUUGGCAGAACCAUCAAUUAGAGAUGCAUUUGGCUUGUGUGUUAAACAAGGGGCUAAACGUGUGAUCGUAAGCCCAUUUUUCUUGUUUCCUGGACGGCAUUGGCACCAGGACAUUCCUUCCUUAACAGCUGAAGCUGCCAAGGAGCACCAAGGCGUUUCAUAUAUCAUAACUGCACCUCUUGGCCUUCAUGAACUACUUGUGGAUGUUGUGAAUGAUAGAAUAAAACACUGCUUAGACCAUGUAGCUGGAGAUGUAGAUGAGUGUUCUGUUUGUGCUGGUACCAACAAAUGUCGGCUCUAUUGAUAAAUGGAAAUAUUAAAGAAAGCACUAUGUGACCUAUCAAAAGGGUGAGCAAGAACUUUCUUGUUACAAGAGUCAUUGUUGAAUCCUGCAGGCCUUGGAUAUCAGAAGCUGCUGUGAUUUGCUCCCAUGCAUAUGUUCUCUUGGAAACUUGAUCUGAUCCGGUGAUUUCAGACAUCUUGAUAUGUUUCAAUUAGGAAUCAGACGUUCAACUAGUCUUGGACACCCAUAGACAAUCAAUCUUUCAGAAGCAUCAUGUGGCAGCCUGCUGCAGGAUGUGGUUAGCACGAAAUGUCUUCUUCCUACUUUCUAUUAGAUUGAAGCCAUGCAUAUUUCUGGCCAUGUUAUGCAACUCUUAAUAAUUUAUUCGAGUUGAAGGUUUUUUACUCAGUCCAAUUGGUGGAAGAACCCUAGACAUCCUCAAUUCAAAAAGUAGGUAGUGUUCCAGCUAGAUUCUAGAGUGAAUGUUUUGAGAAUUUUUCAUUGACUAGAUUUUGGAGUUUUUCUUUUCCAGCAACUGAAUACCUCUACUUCAAUCUAGAAACAAUUUGAAUUCUGUUCUGCAUAAGAACACAAUUAUAGUUCCAACCUACAAUUAUUAGAACCCA